AGAGGAACAAGGUUUCCCCAUCGCACUCUGCCUUUCUCGUGUCGUGUCACUUUGACGGUGGAAGAAGAAGAAGAAGAAGAAGAAGAAGAAGAAGAAAGACAUUUGGGGCAUGCCAAGUGGGUAGAAACGCUUUUUUUUUUUUUUUUUUUUUUUAGCGGUCAUCAUGAAAACGUCCCCGCUGCCCUUCAUCGCUUCUCUGUGGAUUUUUCUUCCGCCCAGCGUGCUCAUCAAGGGCUCCCAUGCAUACUGUAACGAUAAGCCGUGUGACAGCAAUGAAACAAAAACAACACCAACAACUACAACAACCGUGACACUUGCCUCACCUCCCAGUUGCAUUUCAUCCCUUGGGAACGUCUCUGCAAAUGGAACACUCGCUGGGUUGACCUCUGGAGCCACCGAUCAAGUCUCCCUCAACUGUUCAAGCUGCUGUCAAGAGGUCACAAUGAAGCCUGAGAAAGCCACCAAUCUUGUUGUCAACAAUUUCACAACAUCUUCUAUAACGGUGAGCUGGACCAAACCAGAAGGAAACUACUCGUUCUACGUGGUACAAUGGACUGAUGGAAAAGUCCCCCAAAAAGAGAAUGUGACUACAACGUCCAAAAACAUUACGGGCUUGUCUGCUGGGACCUUGUACGAUAUAAGCGUAACUACACUGGCGGAUGAUAGAGCGACUGAAGGCGCUACUGCAACUGUGUCUCAGUAUACAAAACCAGGUAUCAUUCGAGAACCCUCCGCUUCUACAAACACCUCCACAAUGUCUUUGACAUGGACGCCGCCUGAUGGUGAGGUCUUUAUGUACCAGGUGAAGUGGAUCAACAGAGGAAGGAAGUUCACCAAAUACACAAAUGACGGCUUCGCUGUGCUAUCAGACUUGGUCUCUGGUACAUCAUACACUGUCACAAUUGUUUGCAUUGCCGGAGACAACCAAACCGAGGGAGAAGGCUACACAUUUGCCACAUUCACAAGACCUGAGAGGCCUGAAAAUAUAACGGUUACACCAGGAACUGACAACAUGAACAUUGACUGGGCCUUACUCAAAGGGAGAGCUGAUUUCUAUGUGGUGAAUAUCUCAAAUACAAAUCUGUUGUAUUCCUGCAGCAAAAACACAACAGUAACCGCAGCCAAUUUUAGUGGUUUGUAUCCCGGUAGAGUUUAUCUCAUCACAGUCACUGCUUUCGCUGGACACCUAAGCGACACAUCAAACCAGAUCUCAUUCGCUACCUUUCCUACACCACCCGGUUCCCUUAAUAUCAGCCGAAGGACAAAUGCUUCACUUCACCUUCAAUGGGAGACUCCCACCAAGAUGGAGGGCGCUCCUCUUACCAGUUACCGCAUCGCCUACCAACAACCAGGUGGUACAAUGCAAACUGCUAACACCACCAAUAACAGCACGGUGCUGUCACCGCUCUCUUCUGGAACGUUGUACAAUGUAACUGUGGACACAGUCGGACCCCAAAAUCUGACGAGCUCUGCUGUCCAUACAUCAGCAUACACCUUGCCCAACCCUGUGUUCAACCUUGUGUCCAGUCCUUUCAAUACAACCUCAAUAAAAGCGGCAUGGUCGAGACCGGACGGAGUGCGAACAUAUUACAAGUACUUGGUUCAAACCUACAACCGCACAGGAAUACUUGUGGACGCACAAACAGUCAGUGAUAACAACACUGACGUACAUGGGCUGGAACCGGGAACUAAGUACAACGUUCGUGUCAGCGCAUUAGCAACAGCAGAAAGUCAAUCCACAGAAGAGCAGACAUUCACUUAUACAAUGCCCAAAGCUGUGACUGAACUCAGAGUUCAGGAUUUUAACACAACCGCCAUCCAGUUGAUAUGGGACAGAUCAAGUGACUACAAGGACACCUACAUCUAUCUGCUAACUGCAUUCCAGGACGACGCAGUGGUUCACAAUGUGACAACUAAAACAGAAAUGUACACUUUCUUCAAUCUGAUCCCUGGAACUCUUUACAAUGUUGAUGUGUUCACAGUAGUAGAGGUGACGAAGUCUACAUCGCAACAAACAUCGCAAUACACAAGGCCCGAGGUGGUUUCCGACAUCAGGGCCAUAGGGACAACGACUAAUAUGUCUGUGUCCUGGAGCGCUCCGGUGGGGCGGGUGGAUUCCUUCACUAUCCUGUUGAACAAAGGCUCAGAAUCGGAAAGUUCAGAGAAGGACUCUAACUCCACUCUUAGCACAUUCUUUACACACCUGAAGCCAGGGAUGCUUUACUGUGUGGUGGUGAUAAGCAAAAGUGGACAUUUAGAGAGUGACAAUUCAACUUUGUGCAAUGCAACCUUUCCGAACCCUCCUGGACCCAUACGAGUUGAGUGGAACAAUGUCAGCUCCAUUAAUUUCACCUGGAACGUCCCAGAUGAUAUGGAUCAUAAGCAAUACAACUUCAGUGUCAAUGCCUUCUCCGCAACCCAAAACAACUGGUUUCUUUUGAAUAAUCUUGAUUCUGGAACCCUAAACUCUAUUUCUGUUGCAACUAUUGGUGUGAUGGGCUACAAAAGCACAGCAGUAACAGCACAAAUUUAUACAAGACCACAUUCGGUGACCAUGCUGGAAGCAGCAGAAAUUACCACAAAUUCCGUGAUGUUGGUGUGGGAGCAAGAAGAAAAGAAGCCCACUUACUUCUAUGUGGUGCUUGUCACCAAUGGAUUGUUUUCACCAUCUGAGGAGGUCUUCGGAACCUUGUACGCCAAUAUCACUGGCCUUCUCUCUGGCAGCAACUACACCUUCACCGUCUUCACACAAGCAGAAGAUGGCACUCGGUCAGCUCCUCGGAUCGUGUCCUUCUUUACACGACCGUAUGAGAUUAAUAGACUGGAGGCGCACACUUUAAACUCAACGGCAGUACGCCUGGUUUGGAUGGAAGCGCUGCGACACAAGUCUGAGUAUACCUACAGGGUUGAGACAACUGGCUGUGGCUCCCAAAACAAAACUGUGGCGGAGGAACUUGCGGUGAUCUUAGAUCUCGAUCCUGGGACACGGUGCACUUUCUGUGUUUUUGUCCAAGCACCAGAUGGCGUAGAAGGGGAAGCACGGUGCAUCUCUCAGUACACAAUGCCUGAGGCAGUCCAACUCAGCAUCUCCAGUCAAGGCUCAAAUGUGUCAGUCCUGGUGUCAUGGCUAAGACCACCCGGGAACGUAGAGUCGUAUAGUGUCCACCUCAACGGCUCUUCUCCAGCUCAAACACAGCCAGUAAAGUCGACCAACAGCUCCGUGCUUUUCAAGGGGCUGUCUGCUGGAAGGCUGUACAGCGCCAAGGUGACGUCCCGUAGUGGACCAUUCAGUGCCUCAUCUGAAUAUGUGACUAAUGCGACCUUUCCAAACCCACCUGGGCCAAUUGAGAUCCUCACAAAGACAACAAACUCAAUAGAAGCAAGGUGGACAGAAGCUCCCCUGAUGGAUAGUACAUCGUUCUACUACCAGCUAACAAGUGCACCACCUGAGGGAAGCGGGUAUAUUGAUACCGCCGACACAAGUCAUACUUUGGAACCCCUGCGGUCUGGGACGCCCUACAACAUUUCCAUAGCAACCGUUGGGCUUUUGGGUUUUAGGAGUGAAGUGGUUCAAGCCUUUUUAGUCACCACAAAACCCUUUCAUGUGAAGUUUCUCAACACUUUUGCGGAGGAGGAUGACAUCACAGUCACAUGGCUUCAACCAGAUGAAUACAAAGAAAGUUAUCUUUAUCAUUUGACCUGGCAAAGCGCAGAUUGGCCAAUCAAUGGCACUAUUGUGACUGAGCAAACAAUGCAUACUGUCGAAAACCUGGUGCCUGGCAGUAGGUAUAACUUUUCUGUCAUCUGUGAGACUCAGGAUGGAACUCGGAGUGCUCCCGGGUGGAUUUCCAAUUGCACAGGUGCAAGCCCCGUGAGAAAUGUAACAUGUGAAAGUCCGGACAAUCCAGAUGCAGAAAUCGUCUUGUCCUGGGCUAAGCCCAGUGGCCAGUUUAAUGACUUUCGCAUCGCUACAAAUAAUACAGAAGUUAUCAACGGGACACGCACUUGUAACCAAAGCUGCAGUCAGACCAUCUCCAACCUACGUCACUACACUCCAUACAACAUAACGAUGGAGACGCUGAGCUGUGGACAAGCUGCUCCUCCGGUGUCUCGCCACUGCUGGACUGGCAUCACAGACCCACCCAUUCCAGUGAACUACGAGUCACUGGUUAGUGUGAAAGAAAAAGUAUACAACAGAUUCACCAUUCAGAUCAACACCAGCCUGAUGGUUGAGACCAGUGGGCCAAUCACUCAUUUUGGUGUGCUGGUAACAGACAAUAUCAAAGAAUCUGGCAUGGCUAAUAUGAGUGCCUACUUGGGGAAAACAUAUCAACAGUGGCUCGACAAACAGACUCCGGUAUUCCUGGCAACAGUCAAGGAGAGAAAUGUUCAAUCGCGCAGUGAAGAGAACAUGUUGUCUGUCGACAUCGGAGAUGGUUCGCAAUGGGAGGGCUACACCAAUGGAGCCCUUCAUGGCAAUCGAAGAUACCAGUAUGCCAUUGUUUUGUUCACUCGAAUGAGUCUGCAAGACCACCAAAUACAGGUGGGGUCAUAUGCAUCGAUCACAAAUGUCUAUCCAGUGAUAAAACUCCCGCAAAACCCAGUUGUUAUCAGCGUUGCUGUUGGAGCAACAUUGGGGAUUUUCAUCAUUCUCUUCAUCAUUCUCAUUGGCUUCAUUGUCUACUGGAAAAGGUUAUCCAAAAAAGAAUCGUCAGACAUCCAGAUUCAUUCCAUGAGAAGCGCAGCGGUGAGGGUUGAGGACUACGAAGCUUACUACAAGAAGCAGAAGGCGGACUCCAAUUGCGGCUUUGCUGAGGAGUUUGAGGAGCUAAGGCUGGUCGGUACAUGUCACUCAAAAGCAAGUGCCCUGAUUCAAGAGAACAAGGCCAAGAAUCGCUACAACAAUGUGCUUCCCUAUGAUUCUUCUCGAGUAAAACUCUCUAUCAUUCAUGGAAGUCCCUAUGACGACUACAUCAAUGCUAACUACAUGCCGGGUCACAACUCCAAAAAGGAGUUUAUUGCAGCCCAGGGUCCCUUGCCCCUCACUGUCAAGGAUUUUUGGAGGAUGAUAUGGGAAAAGAAUGUGCACACCUUGGUCAUGCUGACACGCUGCAAUGAACAGGGCAGAAUCAAGUGUGAGCAGUACUGGCAUUCAAGCACCAAGCACUUUGAAUACAUCCGUGUAACAACAACCUCUGAAAUACCACUUGAUGACUGGACCAUUAGGGACUUUGAGAUUAAAAAUGUGAAAACAGCAGAGACUCGUUCAGUACGCCAGUUCCACUUCACAGCCUGGCCCGACCACGGGGUACCGGAAUCCACCGAGCUCCUUAUCAGCUUCAGACACCUGGUCAGAGAGCACAUGGAUCAAUAUUCCACCAACUCUCCCACUGUGGUCCACUGCAGCGCCGGGGUGGGCCGCACUGGCACCUUCAUAGCCAUAGAUCGUCUCAUCUUCCAAAUUGAAAGGGAAAACGUGGUGGAUGUAUACGGCGUCGUCCAUGACCUCCGCGUGCACCGCCCGCUCAUGGUGCAGACAGAGGACCAGUAUGUCUUUUUAAACCAAUGUGCAACGGAUAUAAUCCGCUCAAGAACUGGAACUAAUGUGGAUCUAAUCUACCAAAACACUGCCGCACUCUCCAUUUAUGAGAAUGUGGAACCCAGAAAAGGUUGUUAUAAACACGGAUACCACAAUACAUAAGCCCAGCUGAAGCACUCAGGUCUUCUUCUUCAUUUUUAUUCAAUGUAUCUGAAGGAAAAGGGAAUGCUUUUCUCAAAUGCCACCAGUCACAUACAUGUUUAGGACUGUUCUCGUUCUCCAAAUAAAAUUGUUUUAAAUUUUUUUCAUCAUGUAAAUUGUGAAGCAAAUAUUCAACUGGUGAGGUCAUUUGCUAUAACAUAUGUGAAUUGUGUAGCUGUCUACUGUAAUUAUACUGUAUAUGACUGCUCAGGUUUAUGGCUAUUUCUGACACUUGUAAAGUGUAAAGAAGAACUGUUGGUCUUGUGCCUCUGCGAUGGGAUGGCGACCAGUUCGGGGUGUAACCCGCCUCUCACCCAGUCAGCUGGAGCUGGGAUAGGCUCCAGAACGCCGCCGACACUAGUGAGGACAAGCAGUACGGAAAAUGGAUGGAUGUCCCUUCCCUGUGAGGCUUAAAACCGGCAGAUGGGACUCAAGUGACACCCGCAUUUAAAAAUAGAAUAGAAGAGAACUGAAUAAUAUAACAGAUUUAUGAUGGCUUUGCACAUCCUAUUUUAUUUUGAACUGUGCAAUGAUAAGUUUUUUGUUUAAUAGCUUUUUUUUUUUUUUUUUUUUUUUUUUUGGGGGUAUUUUCAUACAGUGAUGUGAUUAAUGCACUGGAUGCAUUUAUGUUUCUCUUAUACUCAUUUGUAAGUAAAGAGGCUUUUUUUUUUUAAUAGGCUGUAUUAUUUGCCUAGUUUGGAACAUUCAUCAUUAUAUGUUUUAUGAGGUCACACUAUUUUUAAAUGUCAUCUUUCAUGUGCAUUCUCACAUCUCUUCUGGCCGAGCAUAAUGUCAAACAUUCGUGUCGAUGGGAUUAACAUUAUUGUGAUUUUUGUCUCUGCUCUUAGAAAAUAUCUUUUUUUUUUUUUUUUUAUGAGACCGGUACAUUCUUUUAAAACAUUAUUCAAAUUGUCAGCCUACCAGUCUGUUGCUGUCAAAAGCACUUUAAGAAAAUCAGGAAGUGCAUACUCAGAAAAAAAUGUGUAGAAUUUAGUUUACGAUUGUAUUAUUUGCUAUGAGAUGCUUGCUGGUACAAUGCAAAUCUGUAAAUGACCCGAAUUUAUGAUUACUGUGAUCUUUAAAGAAGCAAAAUGGGGAUGUAUGGUAUUACAAUUGGAGUUAUGUGAAUGUCACCCGAGGGCGCUCAUCUACGUGUGCCGGUUUAAAGAAUGAGAAUGAGUGUACAAACACAUGGGCCCACACACAAAUAAACGAUGCAUAUCCGU